GCUCAUGUGUGAGGUGUGACAGAGAGGGCGUGACUUUAAACUUGUCUCCAAAUCGAAGUCCAACCUGUUUUCAGAGGACUCUCUGCCAUCCUGUGUGUGUCACCUAACGCCAAACGUUACCAGCAGCCGCCACCAUGCCCGAGAACGCAGAGGCCCACUCCGCCACUCUUACCACCAAUCGCAACUGCACCAUGGAAAUCACCAACAUCAGCGCCACCUACUGCCUCGUCAACCCAAAGGUUCACAUGGAAAGUGGCUUCGCCCACAGCCCCCCGCAGCCCACCGUGCGCACCACUAAGACAGAGGUGUGCUCUUUCACCAAAGAUGACAACACAGCAUCAGGCGCUGUGGGUGUGCUGACCUACGAGCUGUUUGACAUGCGCAAUCGCCGCUGCGAUGGCAUUGUGGCCAUCAUGUUCUCUGUGCCGUUCGACUACAACUUCUACAAGAACUGGCUCGGCGUGGGCGUCCUCGAUAAAUCGAGAGCUGUCGACAGUAAGUUGUUCGACUACAUGUACAACGACAAGAACUGCAGCGACUUUGUCCGCUACGAGGCCAAAGGCUCCGGGCUGGUGUACAGAGGCAAGACGGUGGAUGUGAGGGCGUGCAUGUCCGAUGAGGGCAAAGCUAUUGUUAAACUGGAGCUUUAUGACAGGAUGGGCUAAAGAGUCUGGUUGUAUUAGGUGUGAGAAUAAAAUGUUCACAAACAAAUGUGUCGAGUGUAUUUGCUGAUAUUGAUGAAAACCAAAGUGCAAGUUGUCAUCGUUAUGAUUUAGAGAUGCUUUAAACAAAUAAAAAACAAUUCAACUGAA